ACACUGCACAGACUGACAGAUCAUCUGUUUUCAGUUUUGGUUUUCUUUGGGAAUAUGUUUUGAAAAUAAGAAAACAAAGAAAAAUGUCUCCCAAACUUAUAACGCGAUUUAUUUUAACAAUACUGUUUAGCAGUGGCAGUUAUGCAGUAAAUGAUAUGACUGAAAGCUCUUUUGGAAAGAACAAUGAAGGUGUUAUUGCUGCAUUUGGAGACUUUAAUUCAGAUGAGCUAACUGAUGCAUUCGUGAUAAAAAACUAUUCAAGUGUGGAAGUUUAUCUUGCCUAUGACAAAGAACCUUUCAUGAGGCCUUCAGCAUAUGCUUGCAAUUUCACAAACUUUGUAAUAACAAGUGUUGUGCCUGGCGAUUUCGAUGGAGAUGCAUACAUGGACAUAUUGCUCACUACGCAGGAAGUCAAUGAUACCACCAACUUUCACACUGUCAGAAUUUUGUGGGGUGGUGAAUCCACGUUGAAUUGCUCAGAUGCUUUGUUUAUCAAAGCUUUGUCAUUAGGACAACCAUUAGUAAUGGAUUAUAAUAGAGACAUGAUUCUUGACCUUUUUGGUAUGAAUUCGAAAAACGAAAGAGUAUUUUGGGUAUUUGACCAAUCAAGAACAACUCCUGUAGAAAAGCAGAUGGGUGAUGAUCUAUCAAAGAUGAUAAAACUGCCACACUCACAUUCAUUUUUAGAUGUAAAUGAAGAUGAUGCAGCUGAUCUUCUAGUUACAACAACCUCUAAUGUUGAAGUAUGGCUGAAUGACGAAUUCGAGGGAUUUAGAUAUAACAAUAGUAUUGAGUUACUUGUAGGUCAUCCAACUAUAUAUGGCCAAGCUCUGUUUCUUGAUGUUGCUCUCUCUGGUCAAUUCUUUUUAGUUAUUCCUGUAUGUUAUGACCUGCAGUGUUUCAACAGCACUAUACUGAUAUAUGAUAACCAGAAAUGGCAUGAUCUCCAAGUAGAUUUCAACGAUGGCAAAGGUACACUAUGGCGAUUUGUGCCACCAAGGGAUGAAGUUUAUUUAGAUACAAUUACAAUGAGAAGUGGAGAUUAUAAUAUGGAUGGAUACCCAGACAUCUUGAUGACUCUGAGUCCUGUAAAUACUAAUGAAACCAGAGUAUUUCUUUUGCACAACAGCCCAUGUAACUUGCCUGGAUGCAAAUUUUACAGAACUUUUGAAGUUCAAUGGGAUAAGUUUGAUUCUUUUGGUAAUGAUGUUAUAAUGGCCACCUUUUAUGAUUUCUACAUGGAUGGUGUUCUUGAUAUAAUUUAUGUCAAGAAGAAUGUAACUACUCAAAAAUAUACAAUGAAUUCAUUCAAGAACGAGUUGGAGUAUGAUACUAACUUUAUCAAAGUUAUUGUUGUAACUGGAUUGACUAAUGAGAAGAUGCCAAUCAAUAAUAGGACUUUAUAUAAUAGAAAAGUUACCUUUGGAACUAAUCUACCAGGGCCUAAAAUAGGCUACAACACAUGGUCUCAGGAAGGUACCUACAGGACAGGUGUCUGUGCUCAACUGCCCCAGUCUGCAUACUUUGCUCUACAAUUACCUUACUCCAUAUUUGGCUUAGACCGGACACCAAAUUUUGUUGAUACUUUGAAUGUGGGUCUUUCUGGUUAUUCGAAAAGUUGGACUCAAAUAAUCCCGAAUUCUCAAAUAGUGGUAAUUCCCGCGCCGCCGAAUGACCCUUCUCAAUGGAAGGCACAACUGUUUGUUACUCCCAGCAAAGUUAUUCUUAAGAGUGUGUUUGUACUGACUGCUAUCAUAGUUAUAAUCACUGGAUGUGUUUUAUACUUGCACUGGAAGGAGCGAAAUGACAGACAAGAUAUAAUAGAAAUUGAUGAAAAGACUUAUGUUAAAAUUUAGCAAGAGUUUUAGAAUAUUAUAGUAAUAUGUAUUUCAAUAAUUUUAUUAGUAUUAAGUAAUUAUGUGAUCUGUUAUGAAUGUUGUUUUUUAAAUAUUUUUUUCUUUUAUAUACUACAGUUUAAGUAUUACUCCAAAUAAAAUCAGAAA